UUAAGAAACUAAUCAACACUUUGGACAAACGGUAUAACUUGCCAUCUCGUCACUAUUUUAGUCGAGUGGCGAUUCCCGCUUUAUAUGAUGAGUGUCAUGAUGGUGUCGCAAAGGAAGUGGCUACAGCCCAAUAUUUUGUCACCACAACGGACUUGUGGUCAAGCCGCACCAUGGAGCCUUUGAGCCUCACGGUACAUUUCAUUGACAUGGAUUUCAACAUGAAAACGAAAUGUCUCCAGACAUCAUUUUUCCCAGGAGACCACACAGGGCAGAACAUAGCUGCAGGUCUGAAACAAGCACUGGCUACGUGGGAUCUGGAGGAGAGUAAACUCGUCUGUAUAACCACAGACAACAAUGCAUAUGUCAUACUGGCUGCAGAACUGAAUGGCUGGAUGAGGCUCCAGUGCUUUGGGCACAGAUUACAUUUGGCCAUAGAAAGAGCCAUGAAAGAUCACAGGAUUGAGCGUGCAGUGGGAGUCUGCAAACAAGUGGUCAGCACCUUUUCAUUCAGUUGGAAAAAAAAGAGAGAGCUGAAAAAGGCACAGAUAGACCUCAAACUGCCAGACCACUCUUUAAAGACUGAGUGUCCAACCAGAUGGGGAUCUAGGCAGGCCAUGGUUUCCAGAGUCCUUGAGCAGCAGAAGGCCAUUGCCCGUGUCCUCUCCCAAGACAGAGGAACCAGGCACCUCAUCCCCUCAUGGCAGGACAUUGAUGUCCUUGAGGCCAUCAACAAGACCCUGGGACCUCUGGUUGAAUUCACUGAUGCACUUUCUGGAGAGAAAUAUGAGGCUGCAGUGAUGGGGACACCCGUUGGUAACACGGAGGUUGCUGAUGAUGGUGCAUCAAACCAAAAGAAGAUGAAAAAGGGCCUAAGCAGCUUCUUUAAGGCCCCUCACAGCACAGCUCCAGGUGCAGAACAUGCUCGUCAACUGGACCAGGCCAUAGCUUUUGAGCUUCAAGCCUACUUCCAGGCAGGGACCCUGGACACAGAGGAAGACCCACUGGGGUGGUGGAAGCUAUCACAGAACCUCUUCAGAAACCAUGUUUUGUUGAGCCAUUUUGAGAUUGUAUGGGACUCGGGCCUACUAGUUUUUAUUUAUUUCUUAUAAAAGGUACUACUUUCAGUGUUUAAUUUUAUUUUUGUUCAGGCAGCAACUUUAGUUGACAUACCUCAAUGUCAGAUUGACGCAAUUGUGCAUUUUGUGGCUACACAGCUUGCCUUGAUGUUUGGUUAUUUGUAUGCAUAAAUAUUAUACAGUAGUUUGAAGUUCACUAAACAUUAAUGUUUACAUUUUUCAUUUAUUUUUUAUAUUGCAAACAUUUGCACG